AACAACACAUUAUUGGUCGCUUACUGCUAGCAAAUUCCUGCACCGAUCCAUACCAGCAUACCAUGAGAAAAUACGCCCAUUUCCUAAUGCUUUCCGUGUGCGUAUUUGCAAGACCGAUCCCCAACGCAUCGACGAAAAAACAACACAUUAUUGGUCGCUUACUGCUAGCAAAUUCCUGCACCGAUCCAUACCAGCAUACCAUGAGAAAAUACGCCCAUUUCCUAAUGCUUUCCUUGUGCGUAUUUGCAAGACCGAUCCCUAACGCAUGUACGAAAAAACAACACAUUAUCGGUCGCUUACUGCUAGCAAAUUCCUGCACCGAUUUAUGCCAGCAUACCACGAGAAAAUACGCUUAUUUCCUAAUGCUUUCCGUGUGCGUAUUUGCAAGACCGAUCCCCAACGCAUGUACGAAAAACAACACAUUAUCGGUCGCUUACUGCUAGCAAAUUCCUGCACCGAUUUAUGCCAGCAUACCACGAGAAAAUACGCCCAUUUUCUAAUGCUUCCCGUGUGCGUAUUUGCCAGACCGAUCCCCAAAGCAUCUACGGAAAAACAACACAUUAUCGGACGCUUACUGCUAGCAAAUUCCUGCACCGAUCCAUACCAGCAUACCACGAGAAAAUACGCCCAUUUCCUAAUGUUUUCCGUGUGCGUAUUUGCAAGACCGAUCCCCAACGCAUCGACGAAAAAACAACACAUUAUCGGUCGCUUACUGCUAGCAAAUUCCUGCACCGAUUUAUGUCAGCAUACCACGAGAAAAUACGCCCAUUUCCUAAUGCUUUCCGUGUGCGUAUUUGCAAGACCGAUCCCCAAAGCAUGUACGAAAAAACAACACAUUAUCGGUCGCUAACUGCUAGCAAAUUUCUGCACCGAUUCAUACCAGCAUGCCACGAGAAAAUACGCCCAUUUCUUAACGCUUUCCGUGUGCGUAUUUGCAAGACCGAUCCCCAACGCAUGUACGAAAAAACAACACAUUAUCGGUCGCUUACUGCUAGCAAAUUCCUGCACCGAUUUAUGCCAGCAUACCACGAGAAAAUACGCCCAUUUCUUAAUGCUUUCCGUGUGCGUAUUUGCAAGACCGAUCCCCAAAGCAUGUACGAAAAAACAACACAUUAUCGGUCGCUUACUGCUAGCAAAUUCCUGCACCGAUUUAUGCCAGCAUACCACGAGAAAAUACGCCCAUUUUCUAAUGCUUUCCGUGUGCGUAUUUGCAAGACCGAUCCCCAAAGCAUGUACGAAAAAACAACACAUUAUCGGUCGCUUACUGCUAGCAAAUUCCUGCACCGAUUUAUGCCAGCAUACCACGAGAAAAUACGCCCAUUUCUUAAUGCUUUCCGUGUGCGUAUUUGCAAGACCGAUCCCCAAAGCAUGUACGAAAAAACAACACAUUAUCGGUCGCUUACUGCUAGCAAAUUUCUGCGCCGAUUCAUACCAGCAUACCACGAGAAAAUACGCCCAUUUCUUAAUGCUUUCCGUGUGCGUAUUUGCAAGACCGAUCCCCAACGCAUGUACGAAAAAACAACACAUUAUCGGUCGCUUACUGCUAGCAAAUUCCUGCACCGAUUUAUGCCAGCAUACCACGAGAAAAUACGCCCAUUUCUUAAUGCUUUCCGUGUGCGUAUUUGCAAGACCGAUCCCCAAAGCAUCUACGAAAAAACAACACAUUAUCGGUCGCUUACUGCUAGCAAAUUCCUGCACCGAUUUAUGCCAGCAUACCACGAGAAAAUACGCCCAUUUUCUAAUGCUUUCCGUGUGCGUAUUUGCAAGACCGAUCCCCAAAGCAUCUACGGAAAAACAACACAUUAUCGGACGCUUACUGCUAGCAAAAUUCUGCACCGAUUCUUACCAGCAUACCACGAGAAAAUACGCCCAUUUCCUAAUGCUUUCCGUGUGCGUAUUUGCAAGACCGAUCCCCAAAGCAUCUACAAUUAAAAAACAUUAGAUUUCAGCAAAUCAAUGAAAUGAAUUAAAUUUAAUUUUAUUCGCUAAAAUUUAUUUCAAUGUUCUUUCAUUUAAUUUAAUUUUAUCAGCUUUGCUUUUAAUUCUGGUAACCGUUACUAAUCGUUACCAAGAGUGUGCAAGCGUUUGCGCUUGAAACAGAAACAAGUAAAGCGUUUCAUACGACACGCCCAAUAAUUUUGGCUCAAUACGGCACUCAUGAAAAGGUAGUUACAAAAUCGAGAAGCAGAAGCAUUUAAUUUUAAGGCGGUUGUCAAAUUUUGCAGUUCAUAAUUUAUUUGAUUUAUUUUAUAUAGAUUUGAUUCGCUCCGACUUAUUUUUAAAUUUCUGCUGAUUAAAACAAUGUAUUGUAGCGAUUUACUAAAGGCAAAAACCAUGCCCAUAACAGAAACAACACCCAGCUCUAGGCGAGGAAGUUUGUAAUAAUGUAAACAAAACCCUAAAGAUAAUAUAUUUCUUUCAAAAAAAAAACACGUCGAGCCAAAUUUCAUAAUAUAUUUUAUAUAGAAUAAUUGCUCCGACCGAGGUUUAAAUUUCUGCUGAUGAAAACAACGUUUUGUAGCGAUUUACUAAAGGCAAAAUCCAUGCCCAUAACAGAAACAACACCCAGCUCUAGGCGAGGAAGUUUGUAAUAAUGUAAACAAAACCCUAAAGAUAAAUAUUUCUUUCAAAAAAAAAACGUCAAGCCAAAUUUCAUAAUUUAUUUUAUAUAGAUUUAAUUGCUCCGACUGAGGUUUAAAUUUCUGCUGAUUAAAACAACGUAUUGUAGCGUUUUACUAAAGGCAAAAUCCAUGCCUAUAACAGACACC